AUGCGUCGCCAUGGCAGGUCCAGCGGGGGCCCGACCAAGGCCGUCCCUAUGUCUGACGCCGUGUCCCUCAUCCAUUCCUUCGAUUCCGUCAUGAACCCCAACCGGCCGGUGCGGCCUUCACCUUUAGCCUCCUCCCAAAUCAAAGCCUUGCCGCUAGAACUCGUCGACCGGCUGCGCUCGUUCCCCCUCUUCCAGGCGACCCCAGAAUCCUUCUUAAUCGAGGUCGGGCAACAUUUGCGCCCGCAGCUCCACGCCCCUAACGAUUACAUCUUGACCGAAGGUGACGAUGCAAGGGCGAUAUACUGGCUGGUACGGGGUGCGGUAUCGGUCACCUCGCGUGAUGGCGAGAGUAUAUAUGCCGAGUUGCAGCCGGGCGCCUUUUUUGGAGAAAUCGGCGUGCUGAUGGAUCGGCCGCGCACAGCGACAAUCAUCGCCCGCACCCGAUGCAUGCUGGUCGUGCUCUCCAAGGAGGAUUUUCGAAAUAUCCUGCCACGCUUUCCGGAGGUGGAGCAGGCGAUUAUGGAAGAAGCCCAGGAGCGACUGAUGAUCCUGGAGAAGAAGAAGAAGGAAACAUCUGCUCCAGUGGUGGACGAUCCGAUCCCUAGUCCGGUGCGGCGAGGCUCAAAACGAUUGAGAGAGACGUCUGCUAAAGACUUGAUGGUCAUUGAAGAUGAAGAGGACUUGACAUUCAAAUCAGUGUAUAAGAAGCGGAAAUCACCAAGCCCGGGCCGCCGGGAUGCAUCCAGCGCCUUAGCAAAUGCGGUUGUUAAUGUCCGUCUUCUGCUCAAGGAGCUGCCUCUCUUCUCUGGUCUGCCCGCCGAUAUCCUUCACUUUCUGGGUCUAGAAGCUCAACCAGCUUCCUUUCCUCCAUUCACCGACAUCAUUCAGCAAGACUCACAUGGGCGUGAACUAUACUUCAUUGUCCGUGGCGAAGUCGAGGUCGUGACCGAAAGGAAUGACUCAAAACACAAGCAACAACAACCCAACGGAACCCGUCACCAUUCAGUCGAAAUAAAAGCUCGACUUAAGCAAGGCCAGUACUUCGGAGAAGUGGUCAGUCUAGCACUCGCACCUCGAAGAACAGCAACCGUCCGCUCUGUCACGGCUGUCGAGUGCCUGAUGCUCAGUGGAGAUGUCCUUUCCAAGUUUUGGGAAAUGUGUCCCCAUGAGAUUCGUGAGCAGGUCGAACACACUGCUCAAGAGAGACUUCAGGCAGCUGCAGAUGGUGACGUGAUCAUGUCAGAUGCAAAUGACGAGCAGUCACCAAUGGGCCAUUUGAACAUCGAUGAUCAGGUCAAGAUAACGGCAUCUCGCAGACGCUCAAUGCCGUUAUUGACCCUGACUGAAACUGAGUUGGAUGGCCCGCAUCAAUCCUCGCCAGUGGAGGACCAGGACCAGGCGGUCUUACGGCCAUCUGAUCCCGACCCUUAUCUCAGCCUGGGACUAGACAAAGUUCGACUUCGAAGUCGACGUGGAUCAGUUGCACCCUUGUCACUAGAAGAGGUCUCAGGCGAAAAACCCCGACCUUCUCCCCCUUCAGAACCACGCUCUGCUAGCUCUUCCUCCUUCGCCCUACCUGAGACAUCUAGCCUCUUCAAACCACAAACUUCCCGUUCAUUCGGCGACGCUUAUCGCGGAAUAUUCCCCGAUAGCGUUCUCUUGAACAUCUUCCGAUUUUUGGACCUUCACCAUCUCCUUCGACUCCGCGGUGUAUCAUCACAUUGGUCAGAGAUGUUGACUCAAUCAGCCGACGUAGUGCACGACUUGGACCUGAGCAUAUAUAAUCGCCAGCUCACCGACGACGUUCUUGUGAAGAUCGUCUGCCCAUUCGUCGGAAAUCGCCCCCGCUCUGUCAAUAUCAACAACUGCUUCCAUAUCACCGAUGAGGGUUUCAAUGCUUUGGCUAGUACAUGCGCACCUGACUCUACGACGUGGAAGAUGAAGAGUGUUUGGGAUGUCACCGCCUCGGCUAUUCUUGAAAUGUCUAGUAAGGCUAAGAACUUGCAGGAGGUGGAUUUGAGCAAUUGCCGGAAGGUGGGUGACACACUUAUGGCUCGCAUCAUCGGUUGGAUUGUCCCCAGUACCCAAAAGAUUGAGGGCAAAAGUGCCUCCAUCAAGCCGACAAUUCAAACAGCGGAGGCCUCCAUCUAUGGCUGUCCGCAAUUGAGAAAGCUCACACUCUCAUAUUGUAAACAUGUCACGGAUCGGUCGAUGCAUCACAUUGCGUCGCACGCCGCAGGGCGAAUCGAAGAGAUGGACUUGACUCGUUGCACGACUAUCACGGACCAGGGAUUCCAGUAUUGGGGCAAUGCUCGAUUCACCAGCUUGAGGAAGCUUUGUCUUGCAGACUGCACAUACUUGACAGACAACGCCAUCGUGCAUCUGACUAACGCCGCCAAGCAGUUGCAAGAGUUGGAUCUGUCUUUCUGUUGUGCCCUUUCUGAUACGGCAACCGAAGUCCUCGCCCUACAAUGUUCAAACCUCAAGUAUCUGAACAUGUCAUUCUGCGGCUCCGCAAUUUCCGACCCCUCUUUACGAAGUAUUGGCCUCCACCUACUCUCUUUGGAACACCUCUCUGUGCGUGGCUGUGUUCGUGUCACCGGUGUUGGUGUUGAAGCGGUCGCCGAGGGCUGCCACCAGCUUCAAGUUUUUGACGUGAGCCAAUGUAAGAAUCUUACGUCUUGGCUCGAUGAAGGCGGUACAAAGCGGUAUCAGCCACGUAUCAAGUUCGAAACCGUCGCCCCUAAUAAGAGAAAAUCCGGAUGA